UAUCGCGAGACUAUACAUUCUGCGGCCCUGCUCGCCCGUACUGCAAGCUGCUGUUAAGCAGUGACUGUUUCAGACACUUCAUGAUGAGUUAUGCUGAAAAGCCAGAGGAUAUAACUCGAGAGGAGUGGAUGGAGAAGCUCAACAAUGUUCACAUUCAACGUGCAGACAUGAACCGGCUCAUCAUGAACUACCUGGUGACAGAAGGUUUUAAGGAAGCAGCAGAAAAGUUUAGGCUGGAAUCGGGCAUCGAACCGAGUGUGGACUUGGACUCGCUUGAUGAGAGGAUAAAGAUCAGAGAGAUGAUUCUGAAAGGACAGAUUCAGGAGGCCAUCGCACUGAUCAACAGCCUGCAUCCGGAACUGUUAGACACUAAUCGCUACCUUUACUUCCACCUCCAGCAGCAGCACCUGAUUGAGUUGAUCCGUCUGCGGGAGACGGAGGCAGCGCUGGAGUUUGCGCAGACACAGCUGGCGGAGCAGGGCGAGGAGAGUCGAGAGUGCUUGACUGAGAUGGAGCGCACGCUGGCGCUGCUGGCGUUUGACAACCCAGAGGAGUCGCCUUUCGGAGACCUCCUCAAUAUGAUGCAGCGACAGAAGGUAUGGAGUGAGGUAAACCAAGCAGUGCUGGACUAUGAGAACAGAGAGUCGACACCUAAACUGGCUAAGCUCCUGAAACUUCUGCUGUGGGCUCAGAAUGAACUGGACCAAAAGAAAGUCAAGUACCCUAAAAUGACUGAUCUCAGCAAGGGCACCAUCGAGGACCCCAAGUGAAGAGGAACACCAGAGCAGCUCGCCGCUAGUGUUCUGUGGGAAACGACACGGACAUUUUCCCCUUUCCUCCUUUCACUAUUUAUACUCAGUCAGUGACUGACACUUAAAUAUACUUUUUUUUUUGUUGUUUAGCAUAAUUGUUAUUGCUUAUCAGAGACUUUUUGCAUUAAAUGGGUUGUGCAAAUGGGAAUGUUUUGAAUUUUAAAAGUUAUUUAUGGCCAAAAUAAGAACACUUUUUAAUGCAGAGAAAAUUUUACGGUUUUGUUACCUCUAUAUUUGACUUGGUGGAUUGAAUUUUUCCAUUGUGUUUUGCAGAGAAUUACUUUCAUGUCUAUUUUCGUCUUUUGUUUUGUUCGGAAACUAUAUAAAGCGGUCAAGGCUGUGGGCCAGGUUUGGAUGUAGUUCAAGCCUAGCCUGGGACUUUAAGGUGCAUCUUCUUUAAACGGCACGAUUUAAGUGUAAGAAAACUGUCUCUUUAGGCUUGACAUCUCGUUCUGAGGGUCUGCGUCCGUUGGAUCGUGAUGCCUUGUACACAUCCGAGUUUCAGCCAAACAGUGGACUGACUGGGUGGAACUGUGUUCGCUUCCACUUUUUAUUUGCAGUGCAAAAAAACGAUAACCAUUUUGUAAAUGUGCUAGAGGGAGUGCAAGGUGUUGAUCAUAUGCUCUGUGAAUGUCAUUUGCAAUGUAAUGUUUGUUUUCUGCUGUUGCAUCUUACCGUAGUUACCCUGCUAACGUUGACAUACUCGAUAAUGUGAUUUAUAGGCCAUGCAGAGCUGAAUUAGUGAGUUUUUUUGAAGUCGGAUGCUUUACAAAGGUAUUAAAUACUUUUUGGAA